UCGAAAUGAAGAUGGCCGCCGAGGUGAGGUGGCUUUUAAUUUUUCAUAUAUUUUGUCUAAUUUAUGCGGUUGUCGGUAAGAUACCUCAUCGGAAAUUUGAAUAUAAAUACUCAUUUAAACCACCGUAUCUUGCACAAAAAGAUGGAACUGUGCCUUUUUGGGAAUACGGAGGAAAUGCAAUUGCUAGUGAAGAAAAUAUUAGAGUAGCUCCCUCAAUGAAAAGUCAGAAAGGUGCUAUAUGGGUCAAAUUGCCUGUGACAUUUGAUUGGUGGGAAGUUGAAUUAAUAUUUAGAAUAACAGGAAGAGGAAAAAUUGGAGCAGAUGGUUUAGCAUUUUGGUACACUGCUACAAAGGGUGCUUAUAAUGGUACUGUCUUUGGUAGCUCUGACCAGUGGAAAGGUCUUGGAAUUUUCUUUGAUUCCUUUGAUAAUGACAAUAAACGCAACAACCCCCAUAUUAUGGCAGUCAUGAAUGAUGGCACACAGUUUUUUGAUCAUUCAGAUGAUGGUGCAACACAGUUAUCUGCUGGUUGCUUCAGAGAUUUUCGUAAUAAGCCAUUUGCUACAAAAGCAAAAAUUGAAUAUUAUCAGAACAUUUUAACAGUAAGUGAAUUUAUAUAUUUAUAACCAAAAGGAGGAUACUUUGGUGUUUCUGCUGCUACUGGCGGCUUAGCUGAUGAUCAUGAUGUUUCGCAUUUCUUAACACAUUCUCUACAUUCUCCUGAUCAGUUGGCACUGGAUGAUCAUAAAGUAUCUUUGGAAGAACAAAAAAAGCUGAACCAGGAGUAUGUGGAAUAUGAGAAAAAGUUACAACAACAAAAAGUUGAAUAUCAGAAAGAGCAUCCAAAACAAGCAAAUGCAGAAUUUGAAGAUAUGUUUGAAAGUGACAGUCAAAGAGAAUUACGACAAAUCUUUAGUGGUCUAACUGAAAUAUUUAACGAGAUACGUAAUGUUAAUACAAAAAUGGAUGAAAUAAUAGGAAAACAAGAACGAUCUUUAAGUCUAAUAUCUCAAUUUCAACAUGGUGGUGCGCAAUUAGGAGGUCAACCAGGACAGCAAGUACAGUUGAUUGAUACAAUUCGUCGACAAGAAGUCGACUCUUUAUUCAUGAAUCAAAAUAAUAUAUUAAAUACUGCAAAAGAAAUUAAGUCCUAUGUAAAUGAAGUGUAUACUCGUACUGACACCAUUCUUAAAAAUCAGGCGCGAGCACCAACUGCUCAGGUACAGCCGGUAGGAAAUGAUUAUUAUACUCUUAUUUUGGAAAUGCGAAACGGACUUGACACACUGAAAAGAGAUAUCGAACAAAUAAGCACUAAAGUAAACAGUGGAGGACCAGAUUGCCCAACAACGAACUGUCUAACAACAACAAUGUUUUUACUUUUUGUAGCAAUUCAAAUGUUCAUUUUAUUACUGUAUAGCAUGUACCGGGACAAUAAAGAAGCACAGGCAAAGAAGUUGUACUAAUGUUUGUUUUCAAUUUUACAGUAAGGGUAUAAAAGUAAGGGUAUAAAAAUAAAUUUCUACCUUUACUGACUCAAUAUUUUUAUCACUUGUUAAUCGUAUUCGUAAAAUAUGCAUUUUUGCCGAACAUUUGUAUAAUAAAUACAUUCUUCAUCUACAAUAGACCUAACAUGAUACGAUAAGGAGUAGUCAAUGCUCCUGAGGUAUGACAAAAAAGAAUAAUCAUUGAUUAUACUCAGCUUGAUAUAAUUUAAUCGUUUUGAAUAUUUUUCUCAACGCGUGAUAUUUCUUGUCAUUGUCAACCAUAGACAUAAUAUAUGUGUGUAUGUGUGUGUGUGUGUGUGUAUACACGCGUGCGCGCACACACAUAUACAUACAUACAUGCAUACAUAUAUGUAUAAAUAGGAUGGGAGAAAGUAGGUACGAAAUUGAACUGGAUGAUGUAAUAUCUUGUAGAUAUCCAGAAAUUUUGGAACGUGACAAAUUUUGUCGUGUUUACAUAGAUGGUUGUGUAUGAUACACAUAUAUUUUUAUUAUCGUUCAUUAAAAAUAUUUCAUGUGA